AUUCUUAUAGAAAGACAUACGUUAGAAGGAUAUUUGAAAAUGGUAGUCGAAAGAUAUCCAAAAGCUGUUGUAUUUGAUUUAGAUUAUACAUUAUGGCCCUGUUGGUGUGACACUCAUAUAUCCAUGCCUCUUCGAUCUGUGAGUAAACAAGAAAUUGAAGAUAGUACUGGAAUGAGACUACAGUUUUAUAAAGAUGUAGAAUCUAUAAUCCGUGAAUUAGUUGAAAAUAAUGUCAAAAUAAUAGGCGCUAGUCGUACAGCAGCCCCAAGAAUAGCUCAAGAAAUGUUAUCAUUAUUGCAUAUUUUAGAUACACCAGCAAUUAAGUUCUUUGACUCAUUGCAAUGGGGAACAGGCUCUAAAGUCAAACAUAUUAGUAAAGCUGCUCGUCAAUUAGGAAUGGUUGAAGAACUAAGCAAGGGAGAAUUUGUGUUAUUUGAUGAUGAAUUAAGAAACCGAGAUGUCGCAUCGAUUAAUUGUCAUUUUGCCCAUGUAAGAGAUGAAGAUGAAGGUUUGACAAGAGGCAUAUUUGUUAAUGAAUUGAAAUCAUGGAAUAGAUCUUUGCGGUCAAGCGAAUAAUCAAUAAGAGUCAUAUAAACAAUAUAGAAUAGUUAAUCUCAGCUCUAAAAAUUAUAGAAGAUAGAAUAUAAAGUAUAGAAUAUA